AGCUUUGAAGGCUUCGAACUGACAAGCAACGGCGCUCCCUCCUUCGUCAACGUCUUUGUCGCCUUCUUCCUCGCUUCCUUCUCCUCCUUUUCUUCUCCCCCACAGCCUCUCCUCCCUCCCUCCCUCUGAAUUCCUCGCUCCUUCUCCCUCCCUCUCGCGCGCGCGUGUACAUACACUGAGCUUCUGAAGCUGCUAAGUCAGAAGAAAGAAUCCUCCUUUGAGCUCUUUUUUUGGCGAUUGGGUCCUUCCGGCGGUAGGAUUUGAACGUUUUCCUGGAGAAAUUAGAGUUUCUUCGAGAGGGUUUCGUGUUUUCUCUUGAGAGAUUCCUGAGAAGGAAGUCGCCUUCGAUCCAUUUUCUUGGGCACUCGGAUAGUUCCUAUCUAUAUAGCGUCAAAGAAUCCAACUUUGACUUUUCCUUGGGCGGCUUCUUCUGCUCUGCGUUGUCGACGAGACAAUUUGAUUUUUUUUAAUAUAUUGUGGUGGAGGGAGGAUUGAUGGUUGGAUGCUUUGUUUAGGUAGAGUAGUUGGAAAGGGUAGCUGAGGACACCAUCAAUCGUGGUGAUUUUGGUGCUUCUCUGAAGAGUUGGGGGUCAAAUUAGCCACCUGCAGUUCUUACUUCGUGUUUUCUUGGGAGGAUUUGGUGAAUCUCGGUGGAAGAGCAGGUCUUCCUUCACUCCUCCAUCCUCAUUUUCAUGAAUUUUGGUGAGUUGGGGUACCUUCAGUUUAUCCUAGGUACAAGAAAGGCAUAAACUUGGAAUCCUGUGAUAUUUCUUUCUUGGGAGAAUCUGGUCUUCAUUUCUGGUGAUUCCUAUUGAGUUGGUUGAGAUGAAAGGAGCACUAUGGUAACUUAUUUUUGGGGAAAGAGUACAGUCAGUACUUCUCUGCAACAAAAUUGACACUUCUGUGCUUUCCUCUGGAGGACUGUGUUCUGUUCCUCCAAGAAUUUGGGUAAAAAAAGGUGGGAGUUCUAGAAUUUCCUUUGCACAGGAGGUGCUAGAUUCCGCCUCGCAGAUUGGCUGAUGGCGCAAUCUGAAAUUCCUGCAUUUGGGGACUGGGAAACCACAGGAAACACCCCUUACACACAGAAGUUCGAGGAUGCACGGAAGAACAGGACAACAGGAAUUCCUGCUCAAGCAAAUGAUCCAAGGCGGAAUGUGGAACCUCCUCGCAAGUCACCUUUGCACCCAACAGCCUACAAAACUGAUCCUCAAGACCAAGGUCCAAGAAAUCCACCUCAUCGACCGAGACCUGAAACUGAUCACCGACGACACUCCGACCACCCUACUCACCGUGAGUCUGCUCCACGAAGACAUGCAAAUCCUCAGCGAGAACAAGGGGUUAAUGCUGCUGCACCAAGAAGCCCCUACAGAACAGCUGCUGGGUCUGCUUCACCAAUGCAGCCGAACAACCAAUCAAAGCCGAAGCACAGGUCGACAGGAAUGCAGACUCCAGAAAGGAGGGCAUCAUCAGAGGGGCAUGGCCAGCAUACUCCUGGAAGGGGCAGGAUGAAGGCAAGUGACCGAGGCUAUGAGCCUGAAGAGGAAGUGGUGGUACCACCAUUUGGUGAAUGGGAUGAUGCAAAUGCAGAAUCAGGUGAAAAGUACACUGGUAUCUUCAACAGGGUGAGGGAUGAUAGGUUAUCUCCUAACACUUCUAGGCAACCAUCUACUAUCCGUGGCGCGGAGAAUAAGGUGAAACAGAAAUGUUUUUGCUGCAUACUUUGAGAAAGAGAGGAUAGGAUCUCCAAGAGUUCUGGACAACUUCCUAUGCUGCUCCUGUGAUCAGAUCACUAUUCUUGCGACUCUUCCUUCCUGUACUAGUUUUCAUGUUUGUUGUUGGUGUGUGUUGACGCCAAAAUGGCCUUGUCGUGCUCCAUGAAGAUCAUCGGCCGAUUUUUGCGGCAACAGUGUGAUUAUGUAUCUGUAAUUGAAUUGUUCCUUUUAAGCUCUUUGCUUACAAGGAACAUACAUAUGAUACCAUUUAGAUUUGUAAAUUAUGAAGCGAGGAAUUUCCUUGCAGAUAAUAGAAGGUUUCUUGAAUUGGCUCUGGAAAUUCCAGACCCAGCUA